AUGCGGACUGCGCUCGUGCUCUGCAUUGCCCUCCAAGCCGCCGCCAGCGCAUCGCUAGAGAGCUUCCGCGUCGGCGGGCCCGCUCCACACUACCAAGGACAGGACCUCAUCGAUGGAUCGCAACAGGCGCUCACGCUGCCUUCCGAGCCUGUACUUGACGCUAAGCUCGACUCUGCCAUCGAGAAGAUUCUCGCCGACUUUCACAGUCCAGCGGGAGUAGGCAUCGCCAUAGUGCGAAAAGACGCAGGGGGCGAGUGGGCGGUCCAGGCGAAGGGAUAUGGAAACGCGACGUUGCGCGGCAUGCAGGCCACGGGCGACACACUGUGGGCCAUCGGCUCCAACUCGAAGCUCUUCGAUGUCCUCGCGACGGGCUUGUUGGUUGCCAACGAGAGUUUGCGGACGAGAAUUACCUGGGAGACGAAGCUCGUGGAUGUCGUGCCUGAGUGGGGCCUCAUGGACCCGGUGGCGGACCGGGAGAGCACAAUCAUCGAUAUCAUGAGCCAUCGGACGGGUUUGCCUCCGCACGACAUCAUCAUACCCUCCGAUACAGUCCCCGACACAAUUCGCCGCCUGCGGUAUCUCCGCCCGUCCACGGGCUUCCGCAACAAGUGGCAAUACAACAAUCACAUGUACACCGUGCUGUCCUAUCUGCCGCCCCUGCUCACGGGCAUCCCCUUUGAAACUUAUGUCGAAGACAACAUCUUCAAACCAUUGGGGAUGUCCGACACAACCUACUACUCUACCGUCGCCGAAGCCACCGGGCGCCUAUCGCAGGGCAUCGAGCGGGACGGCGCCAACCGGACAGCGGACGUCUUUGCCCCGGGGACGCCACGUGCACUGCCCUUCUGGAUGCCUAAUGGCGCGCCGGGCCACGUUAUGUCUGGCGCUGGCGCCAUCAUCUCCAGCGCACGCGAUAUAGCGACAUGGAUCCAGAUGCUGCUCAACGAGGGCAAGCACCCAUACGAGAACACAACCGUGAUCCCUGCUAGCGCGAUUCGCCGGGUGUCAGGGGGAAUCAUGGUCACAGACCCUGUUGCCGCGUUCCCUGAGCUGUCGCCCAAGGUCUACGGCGGUGCUCAAUGGAGGGGCACCUAUCGGGGAUUUGGUCAGUGCCUUGCCUUGGGAAUCUCAUAUCAUGCUGAUGACACUAUAGAGUACAUUGAGCAUGGGGGCACGACAUUCGGCCAUCAUUCACAGAUUACACGAGUACCCAGCCAGAAUUUUGGUGUAGCAGUGCUUACCAAUGACGACUCUCUUGGCGGCUACCUGGUUUCGGCAAUUCGGUGGCGUCUACUCGAUGAGCUGUUGGGUCUGGAACCAAUCAAUUGGACUGCUAGGUUCCAUGCUGCAAUGACAAAAGCAUUCCACUCCACUCCAAAAGCAAUACCACGCUCUUCCAAUGCAACACUUCCUACCAUUCCCUUUCCUGAUCUGGCAGGGAUGUACACAGAUCUAGGGUAUGGUACAAUGGAACUGUGCUUCUCACCAGAAUCAUCCACCUCAUGCAAUGAACUCCUACAAGAAUGGCCAACAAUCCUGCCUGGCACACUCAACUCCUCCAUCCCUACUCUUGUUGCCCGCUGGCCCAUAGUGUUUGGCCUGUCUCAUAUAAAGCUGGAGCAUUUCUCCGGAAAUGUAUUCAAUCUGACCAUAUUGGGCAGUCGGAAGAUAGAUGAUCCUGACAAGCCCUUCUUCCCGAAGGUCAUUGCAGAUGUGAGUAUGCAAGCUGAAUUUGCAUUGGAUGGCCCAAAACUUGGAGUGGGCUUGUGUGGAGUCUGGGGGCCAGGGGAUGAUAUUGAAGCUCCAGAAGGCAGUAGUGUGAAAGAUAAAGCAGAGGUGUGGUUUGAAAAGUUAUAA